CACCUCCUCUUCUCUAGUUCCCUCCCUGCCUCCGCCCCUCCCUCCCUCCCUCCCUCCCUCAGGCGGCAGAGGAGAGGCCUCAGGGAGCGCAGAGCCCAGCUUGCCGGGCACUCAGCUAGAGGACCCACCAUGGCACCUCCAGGGCCCCUUCUCAUGCUGGCCCUGCUGGGAUGGGUCGUGCUGGCUGACCAAGAGUCAUGCAAGGGCCGCUGCACUGAGGGCUUCAACGUCAACAAGAAGUGUCAGUGCGACGAGCUGUGCUCUUACUACCAGAGCUGCUGCGCCGACUACGUGGCCGAGUGCAAGCCCCAAGUGACUCGAGGGGACGUGUUCACUCUGCCGGAAGAUGAGUACCGGGACUACGAGUACCCUGUCGAGUCCAAGGACAACUCCAGCAUGCAGGCACAGACGGAUGUGCCGGCCUUGCCCGAGGAGAACACUGAGCAGCCACCUGUUCAGAGCCCUGUAGAAGAGGCCCCCAGGCCCGAGGAGGAGGUCCCAAGGCCUGAGACCCUUGACCCAGGGACCCCUGAGUCCACGGCAGAGGAGGAGGUGUGCAGUGGGAAGCCCUUUGACGCCUUCACGGACCUCAAGAAUGGUUCCCUGUUUGCCUUCCGAGGGCAGUACUGCUAUGAGCUCGAUGAAACGGCCGUGAGACCCGGGUAUCCCAAGCUCAUCCGAGACGUCUGGGGCAUUGAGGGCCCUAUCGAUGCCGCCUUCACCCGCAUCAACUGCCAGGGGAAGACCUACCUCUUCAAGGGUAGUCAGUACUGGCGCUUCGAGGAUGGUGUCCUGGACCCUGAUUUUCCCCGAAACAUUUCUGAAGGCUUCAAAGGCAUCCCGGACAACGUAGACGCAGCCUUGGCCCUCCCUGCGCAUAGCUACAGCGGCCGGGAGCGGGUCUACUUCUUCAAGGGGAAACAGUACUGGGAGUACCAGUUCCAGCAGCAGCCCAGCCAGGAGGAGUGUGAAGCCAGCUCCCUGUCGGCCGUGUUUCAGCACUUUGCCCUGCUGCAGCGGGACAGCUGGGAGGACAUCUUUGAGCUUCUCUUCUGGGGCAGACCCUCCGGUGGUACCAGACCACCCCAGUUCAUCAGCCGGGACUGGCAUGGCGUGCCUGGGCAGGUGGACGCGGCCAUGGCCGGCCACAUCUACAUCUCGGGCUCGGCACCCCGCUCCUCCUGGGCCAAGAAACAAAAGGCUAGUCGACGCAGCCGCAAACGCUACCGUUCAAGCCGCAGCCGCAGCCGCAGCCGUGGCCAGAACUCCCGCCGGGGGUCCCGUUCGGCCCUGCUGUCCUGGUUCUCCAGUGAGGAGAGCGGGCUGGGCACCUCCAACUACGACGACUACGGGAUGGACUGGCUCGUGCCCGCCACCUGCGAGCCCAUCCAGAGCGUCUUCUUCUUCUCGGGAGACAAGUACUACCGAGUCAACCUUCGCACGCGGCGAGUGGACACUGUGAACCCUCCCUACCCUCGCUCCAUUGCCCAGUACUGGCUGGGCUGCCCAGCGCCUGGCGACAAGUAGGAGUCGAGCCCACCCGCCAUAGCUUCCCCUUCAGCUUCUUUCUCCCAGCCCAAUAAAGGUCCCUUGGCCCACAG